AUGUCAAUUGAUCGGGUUGAUCCAACACUGGCGCGCCGCCGCACACUACGUUGUCGCCGCCGCUCAAACUUGUACCUUGGUCGGACCACUCGCCUGGGACAAACCUCUGGCGAGGGGUAUAUAUAUCUCACGAGGCAGCCGCAGCUUCUCGAGCACAACCAUCCCUCUCCAGGUGUCUCGCGCUCUCCUACUGUCUCUACAACACUGUGCCAGAACGAGGCUUCCUUCACAGAGUUCUUUGACCAAUUCUUUCCGUUUGAAUCGUCUUUGUCUCAUUUCCAAUACUCCGCAUCACCAGCCACCACCAGUAUCUCUGUCACUGACACCAGCAGUACUGUCACGGACUUCUUCAAGAUCACAGACGAAGAGAUUGCUGCAUCACUGAUUGAACAGCUGAUAAUGCCUCUUGUCUCACGUCUUCAUCCCGAGCUGUUGGCACGCAUAUUUUUCUUUUCAGCAACAGUGGAAGAACCUACGCCUUGGACACCAGUCUUAGGAUGGAUUCGGGUGACUCAUGUCUGCAGUCACUGGAGGUGGGCUGCUUUGGACCAUUCGGCACUUUGGGCGAAUUCUCAUGAGAUGAUACGACGCGCAAAGCUAGUACCAUUACUCAUCCGACCUUACGAAAUUCUCACUGGAGCAGACAGUAAGAUUGCUAUGGACAUUCUGCAUUCCCACUUGGCGCACACAGCAGAGACACUUGCAGCAUCAGCACCAUUCUUGGAGGUGGUAGCUAUCUGUUCACUCGAUCGACAUGUGUACCUCCCUGUUGAUCUAUUCACUCAUCAUGCCCCACGCCUUCGCUCAGCGCUUCUCAAAGGAUGUAGCGUUCCUUGGAGCUCUCCACUUUUGCGCAAUCUGUCCUGUUUGGAGAUCGCAAAUCUACUACCGUGGCUUUACAAUGCAGACGCGACCCCUCACCUUCCCUCGCAUGAAGAAUUCUUCGAUCUACUGGCAAAUAUGCGUCAACUGGAAUCUUUAUCCAUCGAUCAAAUUUUUCCUCGGUACCUCCCGGGGGCAACUGUAUCCAGUCGAAUGAGACAUCCCGUCAUCAAGCUACCUCAUCUAUUGUAUCUCAAGCUAGUCGGUCAAUGGUCGAAUUGUGCCCCAGUUCUCGGGAGCAUUGAAGUUCCUGCAACAUCGACUAUCCAUCUCUCCUGCUGGAAUUUCGACCACGAUAGUUUCAGCAGCGUGCUUCCCCCGAUUUUUCAGAGACACAGCGGCAAGACGGGAGAAGCGUCGUCUAUGCGCAUCCUCUGUAUACACGUCAACGAUGAGAUAACUACGGACAUUCUCAUUUGGGGAUCCAACCUGGGCGGUCCAGAGACUCUUAACACAAUCCUGCGAGCUCUUCACAUCCAGGAAUUGUCAAUACUGUCGUUCGGACUUCGGUCGUGGGACUUCGAGCGCUGGCUUGUAACUUUCAAACUGCUAGAAUCAGCCCAGCGUUUGGAAUCCGUAGCUUGCGAAAAUGAUGCUUGCUCCCUUUUUAGCUCUACGCUCGCACACACGUCCGUAUCAGAAAGCGAGCCUGUCAGCGCUUACGACCAGGUGGUUACCUUCCCCCAACUUCGAUUCGUUAAACUGUGGGGUGACUUCUUAGAAGUUGGACCGGUACCGCCAACGCGCCAUCAGGGGCUUUCAAUUGGCCGCGUAGUUUCUGCGGAUCAGCUGGUGGAAACUCUCGAACGACGCGAGGCGUUGGGAGUUCCUUUAGAGCGCCUUGAAAUUCACAUCCAUGCAUACAGAGCAGAUCCCGAAGACCUGGAUCAACUCAGUGCAGCUGCUCCGGUCGACGUGAUUGAAGUUCUGGACGAUUCAUGUCCAGACCACCAUCGUCUGAUGGGCGUGCCGGUGACUGGCAAGAUUAUGGGCUGCAAGGAUGUAGUAUUGGAACGAGAUGUAUGGCAAAGAGUGUUAUCAGAUAUCCCCCGAAAUCAAACGAGACAUGUUCUAAUUGAGACAAGUAUGGUCAAAAUAAUUUCUACGCUGAGUGCCUUAGUGUUGAACAUUUCAAAAUUGCAGCAUCGUCGCGCUGUCAGUGAUUCACGACAGCGACUGGGGAUAUCUCACCUUGAAGAAGCUAACGUCUUCGUCUCCCGCAUCUACAGCUUGCUCAGCGGCCCCGUCUCGCGAGAUACUGAGCUCCAGCCAUUGCCCCAAGGCGAGGCAGCCCUGCACCAGCUCUGUGCAAGCAAAAAACGUCCUUGUCCAUCCGGCUCCUUGAAAGACGGGAGGGCCUGCAUGUCUCCAGUACACGUGACAGUCCAGGAAGGAAAUGCAGCCAUGAGCACUACUGCUGCUCCUCCGAAUCAAGAACAGCGUUGGCUGGACUUGCAUGGAGAUCGUGACCCAGCGGCACUUGACCCAUCGCGCCGUUGGUCAAGCCCUGUGGUACCGGACCGAGAACCGAGACGUGCAGGGCACAAGGCUUCGUCGGCGAGCUCCCCGCGACCAUGGACAUGCUGGAGAGUAGGGCCACUGGCUCAGGCUGCAGCAAGGCUCGAUACUGCAAUCCAACAUGUCAAGCGAGUGACUGGACAUAAGAUAGACACAAGCAAGCCUGCGAGCCCUGAGAUGAAUGGACACAAGCAAUGCAUCGCCCUUUGUAUAAAGAUGAUUGAUGAGCGGGGAAGCAACUGGCACUGGAUGGACGAAGCGAUUGGCAAUGGAUACACCUUCGUCUCAAACCUUGGGAUGGAUAAGGGUAACACAGGUCUGCAGUCACUGGAGGAAGGUUGCCUUGGACCAUUCGGCACUUUGGGCAAAUCACCGUUGAUCAUCAAACUUUACGACAUCCGCACCAGAGCAGUCAGUAAGAUGGCUGUACACAUCCUUCGUUCCCAUUUAUGUCAUGUAGCAGAGCUCCGUUUGUUCAGCAACAAAGCACUACUUGAUCCCAUCAUGGAGGCACUUACAACCUUGACACUAUCGUUGGAAGAGGCGGAGAUCUGGUCAAUAGCGUGUUUCCGUGGAAGCAUCAUUCUUUCGCCCUCUCCGGGUUUGCGCAAUUUGUCCCAUUUGGACAUCGCACUUCGGCCAUCAUCAUUGUAUUCCUACGUGGACAUGACCCCUUAUCUUCCUUCGCAUGGGGGAUUCUUCGAUCUACUCGCAAAUAUGUGUCGUCUGGAAUCUUUAUCUAUCAAUGAGUACUUCCCUCAGCACCUCCCUGGGGCGACUGCAGCCAGUCAAAUGAGACAUUCUGUCAUCAAACUACCUCGCCUAUCAAAUCUCGAGCUAGUCGGUCAAUGGUCGGAUUUUGCCCCCUUUCUCGAACUCAUUGAAGUUCCUGCAACAUCAACGAUCAUUUCAACAAUGUGCUUCUCUCGAUCUUUGAGAGACAGCGGGAAGACGGGAGACGCGUUGCCUAUGCGCACCCUUCUUAUAGGUGCCAACAACGAUGACUCAGAUGACGCAAGUCUCGACAUCUGGGGGUGGACCACGUCCGAUGCUGAAACCCUCAAAGCGAUCCUGCAAGCUCUUCACAUCCAGGAACUGUCAAAACUGUGUGUCGAGUCUCGGACGCGGCUGGCCGAGGAUCAUUGUACGCUCACUGAACUGGUAGAAUCAGCCCAGCACUUGGAGCACAUAGCUUGCGAAGAUGACGCUUGCUCCAUUUUGAGCUCCAUGCUCGCGCACCCGUCCAUGCGGGAGAGCGGGCCUGUCAAUGCUCAUGACCAGGCAUUUUCCCGAGUUCGAUUUGUCGAACUGUGGAUUGACUCUCUCGGGGAUGAUGCAGUGUUGCGCCAUAAAGAGCCUGUAGCUGGCCGGCCAAUGGUCUCCGUGGAUAUGCUGGUUGAGUUUAUCGAACGACGCGAAGCGUUGGGAGUUCCUUUAGAGCGCCUUGCAGUUCACAUGAGUUCAGACAUAGAUCCCAAAUACCUGGAUCAAAUCAGAGCAGCUGCUCAGAACACCGUGAUUGAAGUUCUGGACCAGUGA